GACUUUUUUUUUUUUUAGAUCAGUGUUUGAUCAACCCCUUGAAAAAAUUUUGAAUUUUGGAAACUUUAUUAUCGGGACACACAUUAACAGUCGCGAACAACAGUGACGCUGUUGUCUUUGAAAAUGGCGUCAGUGCAUUUUCACUACGCUGUAAAUUGAAGCUAAAGUGUUGGUUCUGGUCGCUUCCGACUUUCCAUUUUGGAUGUGUUGCGACGGUCCUACUUAGCCAUUUAAUCGUCGCUCAAUAAAAAUGCGGCCAAGGAAAUUCAUACAAGUGCCGUUCGUUGCAUAAUUAGGCCGCAGUUGCCCCCGACCUCGCGUAGGGAAUACUAGAAGCUCAGUACUAGUACUACUCCCACAGCGGCGGCGGCCAUUCUGCUCUCCUGGGUGUACCUGUGGAUGUGUCUUUGCCAGUCUGCAUGUUGAUAUAGCACAGAAAUAUUGGUAGCAUUACAAGAGUUCCAUUUGUGAAUUGGACAUUUGCAAAUCCUGACACUCACUUUAAACAGUGAAUGCCAGUAGCUUCUACACACGCACACACGUACUUACAUGUUCAGUAUGGCUUCUGUACCAGUGUACUGCUUGUGCCGUUUACCAUAUGAUGUGACUCGCUUCAUGAUAGAGUGUGACAUUUGUCAAGACUGGUUCCAUGGGAGUUGUGUAGCAGUAGAGGAAGACAAAGCAACAGAGAUUGAUCUCUAUCACUGCCCCAACUGUCAGCUCACACAUGGACCGUCUGUCAUGCGUAAACGCCGUGGAAGCAGCAAGCAAGCAGAUGGUGCAGCUGUUGGGGUUAGAGACCCUAAUCAUCUGGUGAAAACAGGCAGCCCGCAGUUUGUGAGAGAGCUACGGAGUCGCACCUUUCCGAGUGCAGAUGAAGUGUUGCUGAAGCCGUCUGGGGCCCAGCUCACAGUGGAGUUUCUUGAGGAGCAUUCAUUCAGUGUUCCUGUCAUGGUGCUCAGGCGAGACGGCCUUGGAAUGACUCUGCCGCCGGCAUCGUUCUGUGUCAGCGAUGUAGAACACUACAUUGGUUCGGACAAGGAGAUUGACGUGAUUGAUGUCUCUCGACAGUGUGACUUGAAGAUGCGACUCAGUGACUUUACUGAAUACUACAACAGCCCCAACAGAGACAGAGUGCUAAAUGUCAUCAGCCUGGAGUUCUCAGAAACCAGCUAUGACAACUCUUGUGGGAAGGCUAUCAACAAGGUUUAGAGAUGGGCUUAUUGGAAUUUGACCAGUUUUCCAGAAGCACAUUUCUCAGGCUUUCAAACCUGGUGGAGACUCCAAAGAUUGUGCGGAAGUUGUCAUGGGUGGAGAACCUCUGGCCCGAGGAGUCUGUGUUUGAGCGCCCCAAUGUGCAGAAGUACUGCCUAAUGGGAGUGAAGGA